AUAGAAAGAAGAUGAAAGAAAAACCAACAAAUUAGCUUCCUCCUUUUCUUUUACUAAGAUCAUCUCGGAAGUAUAUGUCUAUUUGUGGAUUCAGAGAUCUGAAUUGGGUUCUGGGUUCUAUUGUCAUUUUUUGCUGCUUUUGAAAAUGGGUUCCACGGAUCGGUUGUUUAAUAGGCAGAGGACUGUUCAUGAGAUCCUUGGUGGAGGUCUGGUGGCUGAUGUGAUUCUCUGGAGGCAGAAGAAUGUAACUAUGGGGAUAUUGUUAGGAACUCUAGCUGCUUGGCUGGUGUUUGAGAGAUCUGGUUAUACCCUGUUGUCGCUUGUCUCUAGCGUUCUCCUCCUCCUGGCAUCCAUCUUGUUUUUCUGGUCAAAAUCUGCAGAGAUUCUUAACCGGCCUGCUCCACCUCUUCCAGAGUUGCAUCUCUCAGAAGAAAUGGUAAAUGAAGCUGCGGCUUUCUUCCGCGUACAUUUAAAUGCUUUACUCUCAGUCUCUCAAGACAUUGCACUUGGUAGAAACUCAAACUUGUACUUCAAAGUGGCAACAUACCUGCUAGUGAUUUCUGUCAUUGGUAGCUUGACAGAUUUCCUCACUCUGGGCUAUAUCAGCCUUGUUAUCAUUCUUACAGUUCCAUUGCUGUAUGAGAGGUAUGAAGAUCGUAUCGAUGAGUUUGUCGUGAUGGGAUACCGGAAGUUGCAGCACUUGUAUCUGAAAUUUGAUGCAGUGUGCAUCAGCAAUGCCCAGAAAUGGAGACUGGAGAAGGAAAAACUUAGUUGAUUUACUUCUCAUUAAAAUUCUUGUUGGAAAUUUUCUUCCUGUGGGGAGUUUUAAGACUUGAGAGUGGAUUCUUAAUGAGCUCUGUGGUUGGUGGAUUUUUUUUUGGGAGGGAAAGUAAUUUUGUGGCUAUUGUAUCUUUAUUUCCAUUGCAGAGUUUUAAGGUUUUUUGAUGAAAGAAAUGAAUGGCAUAGGAGUUGGACCCGAAAUAUGAAGAGAGGACAGAUUUUAUGACAUUUA